AUGUUUAAAGUCCCAGAUUUGCCCUUCAAGCCUGCUCUUCUUAUCAUUGAUCUUCAAGAAGACUUUUUGCCUCCAAAUGGUUCCCUUGCAGUCCCUGGCGGUCGCGACGUGAUUCCAGUUAUUACCGAACUCAUGGCCCUUCCAUGGCACGCAAUCAUCGCCUCCAAAGACUGGCACCCAAAAAAUCACUGCUCAUUUGCAGCUAACCAUGUAGAUGCAACCCCAUUCUCCCGUCUCCCCUUCAAAUCGCCCGCUGGUACAGGCGAAGUUAAGGACGAAAUGGUUUGGCCUGUUCACUGCGUUCAAUCAUCCCGUGGUGCUGAGUUCCCUGAAGAAUUCGCUUCUUCUAUUGAUAAAAUAGAUCACAUCGUACUCAAAGGCUACCUUACAGAUCGCGAGUAUUACUCAGCUUUUCAGGACGUCUGGGGACUUCAUCACACUGAACUCGACUCAGUCCUUAGAGAACGUGAUAUUACAGAUGUUUACAUUGUCGGGCUCGCUUUGGAUUAUUGCGUUUAUAACACAGCCGUAGAUUCCAUGGCUCUUGGUUUCACAACACACAUUAUUCGUCAGGGAACUAUGCCUGUAGAUCCUAAUGCCUGGGAUUCAGUCACCGUUAAACUCCAGUCUAAGGGCAUUGAAGUGGUUAAUAUGAAUGAUGAGCUGGUCGAGCGUAUUAGCAAAUGUAGCAGCCGCAGAAAUAGUACUGUUGGAGGAGAUUCUGCUGCUGCUAGUCAUCGUCCAGUAGUCCCUUCACAAUCUUUUCAUCCUAUAUCUAGCUGA